UCGCGGAGGGGCAGAAUGGGCUUAUUCCCAGUUCCCCUCACGGCGGGAGCGCACGGGACUCGUUGCCCGUUCCCCGUACGGCGGGAACGCACGGGGCCCGUUCCCCGUUCCCCUCACGGAGGGAGCGCACGGGGCUCGUUGCCCGUUGUCGGUUCCCCUCACGGAGGGAGCGCACGGGGCUCGUUGCCCGUUCCCCUCUCCCCGGCCGCGCCGUUGCGGCGGUGCCGGCAGAGGGCGCGGGCGCGGCCGUUCGGCCAUGGCGGAUUACGAGGCGGUGCAGCGCGGGCCGCUGAAGCUGAAGGGCAGCGGGGGGGCCCUGGGGGCCGGCAAACGGAAGAAGAAGAAGGCGAAGGAAAAGGCCCAGAUCCUGGAGCACAUCGUGAGCAGCAAGAAGCAGGAGGAGGAGAAGAAGCGCGGGCUGGACAAGCGGACCCCGGCGCAGGUGGCCUACGAGAAGAUGCAGGAGAAGCGGCAAAUGGAGCGGAUCCUGAAAAAAGCCUCGAAAACCCACAAGCAGAGAGUGGAGGACUUCAAUAGGCACUUGGAUACUCUGACUGAGCAUUACGACAUUCCCAAAGUCAGCUGGACUAAGUGACUGGGCUGCUUGUCACGGGCUCUGGAGCAGGAGUUGUGUUUUGUUUGUAUCAAGCAAGGGUUGCCAUGUAAAUGUGUAUGUUCUCCACAUUGUCUAAUAUAUCUUCUGAGCGUUUUA